CAUUGUGUUGGCACGCUUUCCCUUAUUCUCCCCAUUUUUCUAUCCUUGUAUUUAACUUCGCGUAUGUGAAUUAUCCCCAGCAUAUUCUGGGCAGCCAACCAGGCACGUGAAAUAGCUGAAACACUCAGAAGAAACCGGUAAAGAAAUAACUGGGUGCGACGGUUGAAGUUAACUGGCGAAAUAUAACCAUGGUGGUGGUGGAGGUGGUUGCAGUAAGUUGGUGGUGGAUGACAAGCAAGACGGGAUAGUUGAAUUCAGCACUUUUGAAGGAGGAUGGGUGUGUGCGGAAAUCGUUGUUAUUAUUCAUCUUAUUCAUCGUCAGGUUAGAUGUAAAGUUGAAAGUCAAGCCGCCACCCGGUGGGAGAAGAAGAAGAAGAGGAUGAGGAGGCAGCACGCGUCGGUCCUUGUUGGCUUCUGACUUGGCGAAGGCCACUGUUCUACUUUGCUGCUGUAAGGUGGAGCAGCCCCGCUCUGCCUGGGAAGCAGUGACAGACAAACGGAUUGACUGCACCUGUGAAGUCUUCUCCUUUUCAUGGAUGCCAAGGUGGCCCUGCUGCACUUAUGGACAGUCCUUGUCCUCCACACGGCUGAAGUGAAGUGGAUUGAUGCUGCAGAGGUCUACACCAAUGCUUGGGCUGUCCAGAUCAAUGGGGGGCCAGAGGAGGCUGAUCGCAUCGCCAGGGAACAUGGUUUUAUCAACCUUGGCAAUGUUUUUGGAGAUUAUUAUCACUUCAGGCAUCAUGCCGUGGAGAAGAGAGCUUUGUCUGGCCACAGGGGGAUGCACAUCAGACUGCAAAAAGAACCACAGGUAUUGUGGACAGAGCAGCAAGUGGUAAGAAAAAGGAAGAAGAGAGAUGUGUUUGAAGACCCAACAGACCCUGAUUUUCCCAAGCAGUGGUACCUGUCCACCCCAACACAUCAAGACCUGAAUACCAAAGUAGCCUGGGCUCAAGGCUACACGGGAAGAGGUGUCGUGGUGACUAUCCUGGACGAUGGCAUUGAGAAGGACCAUCCUGAUCUCAUCAGCAAUUAUGACCCUGAGGCCAGCUAUGACGUUAAUGAUGGAGACGCUGAUCCCCAACCAAGAUACACGCAGCGAAAUGAGAACAGACAUGGAACUCGAUGUGCAGGGGAAGUUGCAGCCGCAGCCAACAACGGUGUGUGUGGUGUGGGCGUGGCCUAUAAUGCUAAAAUUGGAGGAGUUCGUAUGUUGGAUGGAGAGGUGACAGACAUGGUGGAGGCCCAUUCCCUUAGUCUCAACCCUCAGCACAUCCACAUUUACAGCGCCAGCUGGGGCCCAGAAGACGAUGGCAAGUCCCUGGACGGCCCUGCCAAGCUGGCUAAGGAGGCUUUCCUCCAAGGAAUCACAAAGGGACGCAGCGGACUGGGCUCCAUCUUCGUCUGGGCCUCGGGUAAUGGUGGCCGGGAGCAGGACAGCUGUAACUGUGACGGCUACACAAACAGCAUUUACACCCUGUCCAUCAGCAGCACCACGCAGUCCGGCAACGUGCCGUGGUACAGCGAGCCCUGCUCUUCCACCCUCGCUUCCACCUUCAGCUCUGGAAACCCGGGGGAGAAACAGAUAGUGACCACGGACCUGAGGCAAAAAUGCACAGACUCUCACACAGGGACGUCCGCUUCGGCCCCACUGGCUGCUGGGAUCAUCGCUCUGGCUCUGGAGGCCAAUAUGAACCUGACCUGGAGGGACAUGCAACACCUGGUGGUGAGAACGUCCCGGCCGGGACACCUCAGCGCCGGAGACUGGAAGACCAACGGAGUGGGACGCAGAGUGAGUCAUUCAUACGGUUAUGGGCUCCUGGAUGCUGGUGCCAUGGUGGCUUUGGCGCAGAACUGGACAACGGUGGGGCCACAGCAUCAGUGUGUUCACACCAUGCUUGCAGAGCCAAGAGACAUCGGCAACAAGCUGGUGUUCAGCAAGAGCGUGGAUGCCUGCUGGGGACGACCGGAGUAUGUCAAUUCUCUGGAACACGUUCAGGCUCGCCUCACUCUCACCCACAACCAGAGAGGAAAAUUGGCCAUUCAUCUCAUCAGCCCACUGGGCACACGCUCCACCCUGCUGUUCCCCAGGCCCAAUGAUUUCUCCUCAGAGGGAUUCAACGACUGGGCUUUUAUGACCACCCACUCAUGGGACGAGGAUCCUCAAGGGGAAUGGACCCUGGAAAUAGAAAACGCAGCGGCUAAUGGACGUGACUAUGGUGUGUUGAAUCAGUUCACCCUCAUCCUGUGGGGCACUGGACCCAGCGUUGUCAACCCCUCAUCAUCUGAUUUCCCUCGGCCGUCCAACAACAGCUGCAAGACCUUCGAUGCCCAGCAGAUCUGUAUCGAGUGCAGCCCCGGCUUCUCCCUCUUCCUCCAGGGUUGUGUGAAGUUGUGUCCGCCGGGCUUCACCUCUGGGCCGCAGCUCCUCAACCUUUCCCUGGAGAACUGGGUGGACUUGUCCUCCGUCCAAGCCUGCCUGCCCUGCAACCCCGCCUGCCUCACCUGCUCUGGAAUUGGACCUACAGACUGCUUGUCCUGCCCACCUCACAGCCACCUGGUCCUCACCUCCUGCCUGCACCAGAACCAGGUCCAGCGCAAAUCCCCUCUAGCUGGGGGGCUCCAGGGUGACAGAGCCCAGCCAGACAGGGAUAUCACAGCAGCAGUAGACGACAACAGUGGAGAAGGUGAGGAACCCCCAGGGCUCAGCGUAGCUCCGUCCACUCAGCUACCUGUCGUCGUGGCAGUGCUCAGCUGUGCCUUCAUCCUGGCUGCCUUCGUCGGGGUUUUCCUCUUGCUGCAGAUGCGCUCAGGUGGCACUUCUUUGGGCUGGAGGACCAAACUGCCCUCUGUGUAUUCAGAGACGAGGGGGGUGCGGGUGGGCUUUGGUUUUGGCUUUGGCCAAGGACGGGGGAGGAAGACACGGAUAUGCUACAAGGGGAUCCCCACUGUGUGGGGGGACGAGGACAUGAUCGCCUACGAGUCUGAAUCAGACGCUGAGGAAGUGGAGGGUCACAGCGAGAGGACAGCUUUUAUCAAGACGCAGAGCUCCAUCUAGCUGAGCCUGUAUCUGCUGUUGAGGUUUCUGACACCACGAUAUUCUGGGUGUCGCCAGCAUCUAGACCCGACUGUAUGGAGCUGAUACAUGAAGGAGAAUCCUACAGCCACAAAACACAGGCCUUACUGUCCCAUCAGCACCCCGUCCAACUGCAUUAAAGAGUCCAUCAUUUGUUUUUCAUUUAUUUAUUUACAUUUCUUUAUUUAUCUAGUUAGAUUAAUAUUUGAUGUCAGAUGUAUUUAUUAAUCAUUUGACUCUUCAUCACAAAUUUAAGGGUUUAUUCAAUUAUUUCACUUUGUUUUAAUUUAAUGAUGCACUUUACCAUAUUUUGCCCAGUUUAUGAAAGCAAUUUAGUGUUCCUCUCCUCCACUACUUAAAGCUGGGGCAUUGCAGGAGAUAGUUAUUACAAAGUGGUCAAAAUCAAAGCAGCAGGGGCGGAGAAAUCCUGAGAUAUCCUAGUCCUAAGUACAAGUAAAGCCCCACAAACACAGACUCCUACAUUUCCCAUAAGGCAGCUCAAUAGAGUUUUUAGUUAGAUCCUUCCUGCCUGGUAAAUUCCUAUUUCUUUCAAACGCAACACUCCAGGUUUGUGUUGCAGUCUUUCUGAAAAAAAAUGUAGCCUCAGAGCCCAAGCCAAAAAUAACCCUGACAAUAUCAUUAUAUGGGGUACUCUCUGCAAUGAGUACUCUGAAUUUGAAGUGUAGGAUGGGUGAAGUGCUCCUUUAAAUCUGUACUUCAUCAGAUAUGCAUCUGAUUUGUCCUCAACACUGGUUGUCUGAAUAAAUUGGCUUUGUUACAUUUGAUUAGAUUGUGGGCCAGAGGUCGUGACGCGAUGCUCAUUAACAAUAAAGAAAAAUUUCUGCAGCGGGCUGGGACGGCGUAACAAAACAUCCCGCAGGCUGUUUGAUAAGCAGACAAGUGUGGAGGAUGCUCUGUUUCAAUCAAGCCACAGUGGGAACUGCCACAGAAGCACAGACACAUCAGAUGUAUCAGUCAAAAAAUCUUACAGGCUUAUAGCAGUGCAACACUAUUUCUGGGUGAAAUUUAAGAGAACACUUAGCUGACCUUUACAACAUGUUUCUGCUUGGUUACUGCUGGUGAGACAUAAGUUUAUUUUCUCUUCAUUUUCCCCCCAGAGCAUAUAUUGAUUCUGGGGCUGCUCUCCCAGAACGUCGUCAUCAGGGUAAAGCUUUUCCCCUUUUCUUUUGAGAGCACCAUACAUUGAAAGACAAAUACAUACUUUAUUUCACAUCGAUAACAGUAUACACUUGCCGCUAACACAAGCUGAAUCAAAGCCUGUGGCUGUAAAGGCCAGAGUGGUGACAGAGAUUAAAAAAUGAAGAGUUCUUGUAUUGCAUUUUCUAUGUUUGUUUUAUAUCCUUUUUUAUUUAACUGACAAUGGAUGUUAAUAUUGUGGAGAUCAGUUUCAUGAUGGAAUAAAAUGACUUUGGCUGUUG